CUGCCAAAGAGGGCUCGGCCCUGAAAGCGCUUGGCAGGUCUCUCCCUGCGGCUCCGGGCUCCGCCUCCACGCCUCGGAAGCCCACGUCGCGCAAAAGAGGGAAGAGGAGGAGGAAGAGGAGGCCAAGGGAGCCGAGGCCGGCCCUGGAGGAGCCCAGCCCGAGGGAGGAUCAUGCACGCCAGCCGCAGCGAGAGCGACUGGCAGGGGCUGGUGAGCGAGUAUCUGGUGUGCAAAAGGAAGCUCGAAAGUAAGAAGGAAGCUCUUCUUAUCCUUUCCAAGGAAUUGGACACAUGUCAACAGGAAAGAGAUCAGUACAAGCUCAUGGCAAACCAGCUACGAGAAAAGCACCAAUCGCUGAAAAAGAAAUACCGGGAACUGAUUGAUGGAGAUCCGUCUAUUCCUCCAGAGAAAAGAAAACAGGCUAAUCUUGCCCAACUCUUGAGUGACACUCGGGAUCGAAACAAGCAUCUGGGAGAAGAAAUCAAAGAACUUCAGCAGAGGUUGGGAGAAGUACAAGGUGACAACAAGCUUCUCAGAAUGACAAUAGCGAAACAAAGACUCGGAGAUGAGGAAGUUGGUGCACGGCAUUUUGCACCGCACGAAAGGGAAGAUCUCGUCCAGCAGUUGGAGAAAGCACGUGAACAAAUUGAAGCUCUGCAACAUGAUCUUCAAGCAACAUUGGAUGAGCUGCAGGACGUAAAGGGGGAACGUUCUUUUUACCAAGAUAAGUCCGACAGACUAAACCAGGAGCUCAACCAUGUUCUUGGAGGACAUGUAAAUCGCAUCAUUGAUGUUGAUGCUCUUUGUAUGGAGAACAGAUACCUUCAUGAGCGAUUAAAACAAAUUCAAGAAGAGGUCAAUAUUCUCAAAUCAAAUAUUGCAAAGUACAAGAAUGCUCUAGAGAGGAGGAAAAAUUCUAAGACUAAUAAUAAGUCAAAUAGCAGUGCGCUAACGGGUGUCCUCUCUGCAAAACAAGUACAAGAACUGCUUUCAGAGGAUCAUGGCUGCAGCUUACCAGCCACGCCACAGUCCAUUUCUGACCUCAAAUCUUUGGCUACUGCUUUACUAGAAACAAUCCAUGAGAAAAACAUGGUAAUUCAACAUCAGAGGCAAACCAACAAAAUCCUAGGCAAUCGUGUAGCAGAGCUGGAGAAAAAGUUGAGAACAUUAGAAGUCUCUGGUUUGUGGAGUCUCCCAGGCCUGAGCUACAAUGUCUCAGUGGGAUUUGGGAGUGGCAAAGAUACCAUCACAUUCAGUGACCCCACCCUUCCCAUUCUCCAGAGGUCUCAAUCACCAUUGCUAACUGUUACUGAAAAGUCUCAACAGAAGAGAGAAGGCCAUCACACGAGAGAACAGGAGGACUUCUGUACUGCUAAAACAAAACCAACAUUUCUAGAGGAGGCAGUUGCAGUUUCUGAGGAUUCCCAAACAAACCCAAACAGCAGUAACAAAGACAAUCAUUUUCACCCACCGUUACCGCAGUUUUCUUCAGAAGACGAUGAUGUAAAUGGGUUUGGGAAUGAAAUCAUUGAGUUAACAGUAGAACAGGCUGCUGCAGAACAGGAAGGGAGCAGAGCAGAGUGUCUGACAGAGAGCCAGACAGCAGGUCAGCCAGAGCUCAGCAGCUUCUCUGAAGGUGAAUCCCCUUCUUCCAGUCCUCCUUCCUACGAUUCCAUGGAACCAUCCAACUUGGAGAAUGAACAUCCAAAUGAGAACCAACCUGGGGCAGAAGAGGCAGAAGACUCGGAAACUGACGCUGAAAACGUUGGUGACAAAAAGGAUGAAAAUGAUAACACAGGAGGCAUUGACAAUGAUGAAAAAACCACUCUUGUGGUUCCAGACUUAAGUAACACCUCAGACGAUAGAUCUGGAGCACUGGAACUAAGUGACAGUCCUCCUGCCCUGGAUUCACUGUGAUUGUUUUAACCAUGGCGUUGUUUGCUCAAAGAACUUUUUCUCAAGCUUCAAACUUUUCCCCAUCACCUUUUUGUUUGUUUUUUUAUAUAUACACCAACAAAAAUGUUUGCCCUGCCAACUCUGAUAUAUAUAAAAAAACAAGCUGAUCCUAGAUAAAAAUUUGAAAGGAGCGGAAUGAUCAUGAUGGCUUUCAGAGUUCUUCCCUCUGCUAUUUGCUGUGAUUAACAUUACUCGAUAGAGUGACAUAAUUGAGAGUAAUGGGACUCGACACCCCAUCAUUAUGCUUUAUCAUGUCAGUUAUAUCUCUGUCUCUUUAGUAUGUGUAUUUUUGGCAUAGUGCCUGCUUGAGUGCAUCUCGAGAGCCUGAAAUGUCAGGAACAGGGGAGGAGUGGUAAGUCUGAUUAAGCAGAUUGAAUCAGCAACAAUAAUAUAUAAAGAUGCCAGUGAGCUAUUUUGCUUGUUUCUCAUUGGUUUGGGUUUUUUUGAUAGAAGAGAAGACUUAACACUAAAUAAUAAAUGGCCUUGGCUGUAGCCGGUUGCUCUGUAUACAUAGCCCUGGUCAGGUCAAUAUUUCCUAUUCCCAUCCCCUGCAUUUGAAUGAGAUUUUCCCAACAAGUACAACAGUUCAAGUAUAUUUGUUAACCUAAGUGACACUGACAAAAUAAGUUCUAAUGCUCUUAACCAUGUGUGGGUUAACAACGCUCUCUCUCCUCCCCAUCUCUUUCUUCCUCCUCUUAUCCUUAAAAAUGGCUGCCUGCCUGUUUUUUGCUUCUAUAUGCUAUGCAACUGCUACUCUGGCAACUUCCAGUCAUAUCUUUCAGCAGCUCACUGGUUCCUCUAGCCUUGGUUUAUUUUGCAUGGCAAACAGGUACCGUUCAUUCAACCUAGAAGUUGGAUUCCAUGUUGGAAUAACCUUUUCGGGACCUAAAGAUAGGAGUGCCUCCUUUGCUUCCAUAUAAACGACGUUAAGCUUGGACUUCACACUUUGGAAGGAAGAUCUUUUUUCUUUUCCUUCUUUUUGACAUGCUCUAUAGAAAGUAGUUGAGAUUCCCCCUUUUGCAGCCAUUUCUCCCUGCAAUGGCAAUCAGUUAACGUGCAGCGGGAGACAGUCUUGAGGGCCUCUUAGCCUGCAGAGUGAAGCCUUCCAUAGCUCUACUUUCAACUACGCUGAAGUAUUUCUCUUUGGUUUCCAGGAAGAAAGGGGCUGGAGAAUAUUUAUUGUGGAUGUUUUGCAGCUGUUGAACUAAAGGGAGGCCUGAUUUCUGUGGAGGUUUCUUUGUUUGCUUCCAAAACAAGAAACAAUCUCGGCAGCUGUAGAGCUUGCAUGGGCCUCCAGCCGUAGAGGCAAUUUUCCUGCUGGCUUGGGAACCUAAUUGCCUGUAAAUGUUCAUUUCUCACUCUUAGAACUUAAAACCAAUUGGAGAGGGGAUUAAUCCAAAUUUAACAAUGCCACUCAUAAGGAACAAGGAAGCCCUUCCUGUACCAAGCAUUAUUUGACAAAAUAAAGACCUGCCAGCUGUGCUUUGUUCUUGUGAGCAGGUUCACACUGGAAAACAGGGGGAGGUCUGGCCCUUGCAAGUUAGGAGUGAGUUACUUAAGGACUUUUUGAAUGUUGCUGUUCCAACCAGCAUACUCAGUGGUGAGUGGAUGCUGCAGUCCAAAAAUAUAUGGAGAGCUACAUGUUUUCUUUUUUUCUGUUGUAAGCAAAUUGAGUUUGCUAUUUAUUUAUUUAUUUGGUAGUUUUGUACACCGGUCUUCUCACCUCCAUUCGAGGGACUCGGGCCGGUUUCCAACAUCAAUAUUACAGACCGUCAUUUAAACAUCAUAUCUCUAAAUCACACUAAAACAUUAAAACAUUGAAACAAUUAAAAUGGUAAAAAUACAAUCAUAUGAUUACAGUGGUCAGUCGUCAUCAAAGUCAUUAUUCGUCGUCAUCCAUCCAUAUCACAGGAUCAUGGCUCAUUCGUUGAAUGCCAAUCCCCAAAGCCAGAUUUUCACCUGUUUCCUGAAUGUUAAGAUCGAAGGGGCAGUUCUGAUCUCCAGUGGAAGGGAGUUCCAGAGUCGAGGGGCCACCACCGAGAAGGCCCUGUCUCUCGUCCCCCACCAACUGCACCUUUGAGGCCAGUGGGAUCGAGAGCAGGGCCCCUCCAGACGAUCUUAGUAAUCUUGAUGGCUCAUAGAGGAGGAUACGUUCGGACAGGUAAAUUGGACUAGCAUGUGUGGCUCUGAUCAGAAGGCUCCCAAGUGAACAUGCACCUUAUAUAAAGGACUUUUUCUGUUCAGAAUUGUCUAGAUUCCCGAAAGUUAUUUGUUUUAACAGGUGGGUAUCAGUCAAAGAGGCCCAUUUCAUAACAUCUGGGUUCAUCCUACUUACUUCUUACUUACAUCACAGCAGGGAGAAGGUGAGAAGAAGAACAUGGUGUGGUUAGGUAGCACUUGAGAGAACUUGUAGCUACUACAGCAGAUAGGAAAGCUUUUUGGUAGACGUAUUUGUUUGUCCAAAGGAUGUGGAUUGGUUGCUCAUAAACUACAGUACUUUGCAAAGAGAAAAGUUGCAGGUUAGAUUUUCAUAAUUGCACCCCCCACCUCCAAAAUCAUUUGGGCCUCUUUGACUGACACCCACCUGUGCAGCUACUAUGCCCCAAAUACAGCAAAGCAAAACAAUCUUUACAAUGGUCCUUUAAUACGCCAUUGCAUCAUAUUCCUAUUUUCAUCCCACUCUUUUAAAAAAAACAUUGUCCAAAUAUUGUUGUCCCAUGCAUUAAUAAAAAAGCGUCCAUCAUUGGUUAGUUUGCAUAAUUUCAUUCCUCAUAGUGGAGUGGAGGAGAAAGGGGGAGGUUUACGUUAUCUCUUGAAUUUGUGGUACUGUUGCUUUUAUUGAUGGAGUAGCUGACAAUGUUAUUGACUCAGCAUAGCGUUUGUGCUUUUAUUGGUAAAAUAACAGAUAGCCUUAUUGUCUCGAUUUGUUGUGAUAGGAAUGACAAACCUGAUACAGUCGAAAGAAUAAUGAAUGUGCCCAGUACUCAUGAAUAUGAAAUUCUGGAAUUUUGCUCAUCAUAAAUAAGACAUACCAUAUCCCAUUAUUCAUUUCUAGAUGAAUAUUUCUUUCUGGUUCUGUCACAGCCUGAUAAGGACUACAGCUAAUGCUGAUGAACUCCUAGUGUAGCAAAGUCAUCAAGACAGCAGGGCAUCUUUGUGUAAAUAAGACCAUGAUGGCUAUUUGCUUUUUCAAGCAGAGUACUUUGACGUUCAGCUGUGCCAAUGGAAAUUUUGGCAUUUGAAUUUUAUGUCUUCAGAUGAGUUGGAAAGAUAUUAAUGGGUGAAACUAAAUUGUAUAUGUAUGUAAAAACUAAAUGUAUAGAAAGCAAGCCAGAAUGAAGACAAGUCUAAAAUGGAGCAUCUAGAUAUUAAGAUGCAGCCAUGUUGAUCUGUAAUCACUGUACUUGAGCUCCAGUGGUGUAAACGUUAGAAAUUGAAAAAGCACAGAGGAAGUUCAGUGACUCCUUGCAAAGUCACAAAGGAGGAUAAGAGCAUAGUAAAUGGUUGCUAACUUUCCUUGUAUCCUUCAAAACUGUUUUCCUCUUGUUUGCUACCUUUAUAGCUUCAUAAUCUUUAUACAAAACCACUCAUUCUUGUCCUUCUAGACCACUAGUUCCCAACUUUUUUUUGACGAGGGACCACUUUGCCCAGGGACCACUUGAACAGGGACCACUUUGCCCAAGGACCACUCCCCAACAUUAGUACCAAAAGGGUUACAAAUCAGUUUUUGGUCAACUUUAGAUUCGGUUUGGUUAUUUGGGGUGCUGAUUCAGAAAACUGCAUUGGAUAGACCACAUCAGCUCUAGUUUCUGAUACAGAAUGUAUGCCACCUAGUAGUCACCAUCUGCUCUCCCAUAGAAAAUAAUAUUUAAUAAUCUAGAGCAGAUGUGGUAGUAACCUUUCGUAGAUAGUCAGUCUCUCCCUUCCCAACAUCCCCAUUGCCUCAGCACUAUAAAAGGGUUUUGUGAGACCAGUUGCUCAUUGUCGCAUGAUUUCGAGGCAAUGGGGUAGUAAUGAUGAGGCCACGGACCAUAUUUUCAUUCUUGCAGACCACUGGUGGUCCUCGGACCACAGGUUGGGAACCACUGUUCUGAAGUGUUGGUUUUCUAAAUAUUUGGGGUAUUUUCUCAUGUCAACUAAAGUACAUGGCCUGUUAUUUUAAUUGAAUCAGUUUAAAUGCUCCUCUUUUGUAUUUAAUUUAUUUUUGUUCUUUUAUCAUUCCACAUGUGUUUUUGCAUUAAUUUUUCAAAAACUUUUGAUAGCACCUUUGGGAUCCACUGGUUUCUUUAAUUUUCCAAUAGUCAUAGAAACCGUUAUAAGAGACAGUACUACUAUAGUUAACAAAUAUUGCUGUUGAUGUGAUGUUAUAACAUUGGAUGCCUUCCUUCUCACAAUACCCAAUGAAAAAAGAAGGAGUCAAGAAACAUACUAUCUAUACUGUCACACAGUAUAAGUACAUCAAGUUGCUCACCUGCCAAACUAGAAAAGGCAGAGUGAAGGAUGAGUGGUUAUUCCAUGUUACUUCCCAUUUGGAUUUCACAGCUCAGUCAUGUGCGUGUUUACUUGUAAGUAAUUCCCACUGUGGUCAUUGGAAAUGACUUACUUGUAAAUGUGGUUAAGACACAGCCUUAAGCAUCAACAGCAUUGGCUCAUUUCUCUGAGAACAAUACAGCUUCAUUCCAGAGACAUUAAUGCCUAUCAUUCCUGCUUCCUUAGUUGAGGCUUCUUCCCUUGCCAUCUAGAAAUUUUGCUUUCUGCAAAAACCUAGAAAGUGUUCCUGAUUAUAUCUUAUCACAGCUUGUACAAUAGAAUAGGUUGAGCAUCCCUUAUCCAAAAAUCUAAAAUGUGAAAGGCUCCUGAAAGUAUCCACCUGAGUGGCUGAUAUAAUGACUACAUUGCAUUCAGUGCACAAAAUUAUUAAUAAUAUUAUAUAACAUAACUCUCAGCUAUGUAUAUUAUAUGUAUAUGAAACAGAACUAAAUUUUGUGUGUAGACGUGAGUCCCAUCUCCAAGGUGUAUGUACACAUAUUCCAAAAUCCCCUCCUCAAAAAAUUCAAAACACUUCUGAUCCCAAACAUUUUGGAUAAAGGAUCCUCAACUUAUACAAUAUAAUCCUGCGAUACAACUACAUUUAUUCAGCCCCUAAUUAAAACCAUUGAAAGACUCCAUAAAUAGCAGUUGAUAAACUGGCUCCAAGAAAAAUGGCUGGAGGAAAACCAGUGGACGGGGUACAAGAGUGCAUUGUAUUUAUCACUUGUGUACACAGUGAAUCCAUAUCUGUUACUAUGGAGAAAAUGACACUGUCACCAUCUUGUGUGAGCAACUCCCUGCCAAAUAGAGAUGCAGAGAAGUUGGCAUGGUGUUCCAUACCUAGAUCUACCAAAACCUAGAACAGGAUUUUCUCCAAUGCGCCUAGAAACUUUUGGGACAUUGAGGUGAGGGAAAUUGCUCCGUGCCCAUAUAUCACAGUUGCUCGGAAGAAAACUGAUCUAAUCAAACAUAAAUUAUUGUUAUUCCAGAUUGAUUUGAGCUGUUAUUCAUUUUUUCAUAGACAAGCAUAUUACUGGACUUAGUGGCAAAUCUGCCCUGUUUCUGAUCCUCAAUAGCCCAACUGUCCUCAGCACAGACUCCAUUAGAUAAUAGUGUGCAUCUUUGUGUAGGGCAGUGAACGUUAGAGGUCUUCCAGUCUGUCCCAGUUACUAAUUUUAGACCAAUUUCAAUUUCAUUAUAGUAAGCAUUAUAGUAAUCCCUGGUGGCACAAUGUGCUCUUAUGCUGGCAGGACUGCUGACCGAAAAGUCAGCAGUUUUUUAUUCCGGGGAGAGCAGGUUGAGCUCCCUCUGUCAGCUCCAGCUCCCCAUGCAGGGACAUGAGAGAAGCCUCCCACAAGGAGGAACAUCAAACAUUCGGGCGCCCCCCCGGGCAAUGUCCUUGCAGAAGGCCAAUUCUCUCACUCCAGAAGCAACUUGCAGUUUCUCAAGUUGUUCCUGACAUUAAAAAAAUCACUUGUGACUCCUAAACAUUUCCUCUAUACAUGAUCAUUACUGAUAAAAAUAGUGUGGGAGGUGUAAACUAUGUUAACAUGUAAUAAUUAUGGUGGUGGUGGUGAUGGUGAUGAUAAUGAUGCCUUGUGUGCCUAAGUGAGAUGGGGUGGAGGGACUAUUUGUUCAUUUGUCUGCCUUCUUUCUCGCUCUGCCCCCCCCCCCCUCUCUUUUUCUCUAGCUUUAAAUCAUUCAGUGAAUGAUUGCAUUCCUUUAUCAGUUUUGGAAACUAGAUGGCUUUCAGAAAUUCAGAGUCCUUUCACAUACUUUUCUUUCAAGAAUCAUCUUUGGCCUCAAUUCUUUUGCAAACAUCCUUCCAAAAGCCAACAAACACUCGGAAAUGGAAAAGGGACCCACAAUUGUUUGUAUGUUGAAAUAUUUUUGUUGUGGAAAUAUUUAACAGUCAUAAAAAGCAUUUGGAUUUGGGAGGCAGGGAGGAAUUAAUUAAACAAAAAUGAGUCUGACGUUAUGUGUAAAGCAAUCUGCAUAUUUCUCAGUGGUUUUUUGAGCCUUAAACUCUCAGGUAUAUAUUUUAAUAAAUUAGGUGGAGGUCCCUUUUUAAAUACCAAAGCUUUAAAUAUUUUAGUUUAUUUUAAAUUCAGCUGUUGAUUCCACCGAAUACUUUCCUUAAACAUAUAUUCUAUUUAUUGCAGACCUUGCUUUUGCUGCAUCCUUGGCAUGAAGUUAUGUCUUAUGUAUUUUGUCAGAUGUAAUAAAGAAAUGUUCUGAUAUGUUUAUCUAUA